AUGCACCAAUGCACUGAGAUACGUAUACCGCGCUCACAGUUUUCAAGAUGGGACCAGCAGUGCCCUCUGUCGGUGAUUCAGGAAACUCUCGAAGUUGCGACGUAUGUUGUCCACGAGCACCCUUGUAUUAGCCGGUCGGCGCCCGCCUCUGCAUCAGCCCUCUGCUCCAGUACCAGUGCACGAAGAUCACGGCACCAAGACACCCUUGUAUUGGUCGGUCGGCACCCGCUUCUGCAUCAGCCUUCUGCUCCAGUACCAGUGCACGAUGAUCACGGCACCAAGACACCCUUGUAUUGGUCGGUCGGCACCCGCUUCUGCAUCAGCCUUCUGCUCCAGUACCAGUGCACGAUGAUCACCAAGACACCGGUACCAGGACCACGGCUACAGGAUCACGACUCCAGGUACACAGCUCCGGGACAGCGGUUCUAG